AUGACCAAGAUCAGCGAUCUCUGGUUUCACAGCCUUGUAGGGGAGACAGACAAAUACACAGGCCACUCCAAUGCGGAGCAGCUGCAUACAGACCUGAGGGGGAGCCCUGGCCCAGAGCCAGAACCAGGUGGAGUCCCUGCUGCCUCGCACAAGCCUGUGACUUUGGCACCCAGCCUGGAGAGUGCCGAGACCUUGGCCCCGGGAGCAGAGUCUCCGCUCUUCUUGGACAGACCUGACUUCUUUGAUUACCCAGACUCGGACCAAGCCAGGCUCCUGGCACUGGCCCAGUUUAUUGGAGAGAGACCUGUCAUCUUUGAUAAUUCAGGUUCCAAGUCUGGCUUCUUCCAUCACAUCCUGGUGGGCGCUCUGGUAGUGGCCUUCUUCUUCCUCCUUUUCCAGUUCUGCACACACAUGAGCUGCCAGAAAGGGGCGUAAAGAGCUGGACAAGGGCCCCGCACUCUGCCCUGGGUGUCCAAACCUGCCCUCCUCUCCUGGUGAUGAAUAAAAGUCCUUGCUUUUUUCUUCCCUGACUCAGUGACCAGUCAGGGGGUCCUGCCCUAUGGUCAUCUGUGCUUUCUAUUCCCAGCUGCCCCCUCCCCCCACUCCCUUCCCAGCCCCAAAGAACUGGGUGGAGAGGGCCUUGGUGGCGGUCACGCAGAU